UGUCCAGGUUUCCAGACUGGAGCAUCCGUUUGUGGGGAAGCAGCGUGGAGGCCUGGGUUGAGUCUUGCAUUCUAAACGCGGCCUGGAUGGAACUAAUAGUAGCUCCUGGCCACGGAUGUGAACAACUGUGAAGGCGAUGGUUUUUGCCCAGGGAAAGGAUGUGGGCCCGGGGCCAAGGCCUGUGAAUUGAGAUCGUGAGAUCUCUGAAAGGCUGUCCAUGCUCUGACUGCAUUUUCCAAUGUCCAUCAUAGCCGAAGCAGCUUCCUGUCCGCACACUGGCCCUUUCAGGACCGUAGGAAGGCUUGCGCCCGAGUCCCUGCGGAACAUUUUUGAAGGGACCGCAGGGUCAGCUCUGCUUUCUCAAGACUGUGCUUCACCAGGAGAGGAAUCUAGAAGACUGAUUGAGUCUUAGAAUUUUAAGUCAUGGCCCAUUUGAUGAUGUUCAGGGAUAUAGCUGUAGACUUCUCUCAAGAGGAGUGGGAGUGCCUGGACUUGGAACAGAGACAUUUGUACAGAGAUGUGAUGUUGGAGAACUACAGCAACAUGAUCUCACUGGGACUUUGCAUUUAUCAGCCAGAUGUAUUCUCUUUACUGGAGAAGGGAAAAGAGCCCUGGAUAUUUUUACAGGAUGAGACAAGAGGACAUUGCCCAGACAUGCCAUUCAGAUGUCAAACCAAGGAGUUAUCACAAAAAAGUGUUACUUUUGAGAGAGAAUUAUCUCAAUUGGAAAUCUGUAAAAAACACAACCUUGAAUAUUCAUGUUUUAGGGCUGAUUGGGAAAGCAAAGGUCAGUUUGAAACACAACAGGAAAAUCAGGAAGAAUGUUUAAAGCAGGUUAUACUCACCGAUGAAAAAAUGUCCACUUUUAACCAUCACACAGCUCACAGACUUGAUACAGGAAAGAAACUGAAUGAAUUUAAAGAGUGUGCGAAAGCCUUUUGUUCUGGCUCGGACUGUGAUCAACAUCAAUUAAUUCACACUGGUGAGAGAUUUUGUGAAGAUAAAGAAUAUGAGAAGACCUUUCUUUCUGAUUCAGAACUUACUCAAUAUCAGACAGUACACUCUGCCAAGAAAACAUAUGAAUGUAAAGAAUGUGGGAAGGCUUUUAGUUUGCGUUCAAGUCUUACUGGUCACAGGAGGAUUCAUACUGGUGAAAAACCUUUUAAAUGUAAGGAAUGUGGGAAGUCCUUUAGAUUCCAUUCACAACUUAGUGUUCAUAAGCGUAUUCAUACUGGUGAGAAAUCUUAUGAAUGUAAACAAUGUGGGAAAGCCUUUAGUUGUGGCUCAGAUCUUACACGACAUCAGAGAAUUCAUACCGGUGAAAAACCUUAUGAAUGUAAUGAAUGUAGAAAGGCCUUUAGUCAGCGAUCACAUCUUACUAAACAUCGGAGAAUUCACACUGGUGAAAAACCUUAUGAAUGUAAGCAGUGUGGAAAAGCGUUUACUCGUGGUUCACACCUAACUCAACAUCAGAGAACUCAUACUAGUGAGAAAUCUCAUGAAUGUAAGGAAUGUGGAAAAGCCUUUAUUCGUGGUUCAAAUCUUGCUCAACAUCAGAAUGUUCAUGUUGGUAGGAAACCCUAUGAAUGUGAGAAAUGUGGAAAAGCCUAUAUCUGGAGUUCGCACCUUGCUAGACAUCAACGAAUUCAUAAUGGUAGGAAACCUUAUGAAUGUAAGCAAUGUGGGAAGACAUUUAUCUGGGCCUCCUAUCUUGCUCAACAUGAGAAAAUUCAUAAUGAGAGGAAACUCUAUGAAUGUAAGGAAUGUAGAAAGACCUUUCGUCAUGGCUCAGAGUUUAAUCGGCAUCAAAAAAUUCAUACUGGUGAAAGAAACUAUGAAUGUAAGCAAUGUGGAAAGACCUUUUUUCGUGGUUCAGAACUUAAUCGACAUCAGAAAAUCCACACUGGAAAGAGACCAUAUGAAUGUGAAGAAUGUGGAAAAGCCUUUCUCUGGGGUUCACAACUUACUCGACAUCAGAGAAUACAUACUGACUUCUGUGUUGAGUUUAGUAUCAGUGUGCAUAUCUGGUGCUCUUGUCUCCUUCAUUGUGAAUUCCUGGAUCUCCUUGAAUGCCUGAGGGAGUGAUCUUCAGAGUAUCUUAAAUGAAAAAGAGGUAAGUGCAGAAUAUGUUUAUUAUACUAAUAUUUGUGAAAGAAGAGGGGGAUACUAUAUAUACCUGUACUUUAAAAAAGAAAUCUCGGGGCGCCUGGGUGGCUCAGUAGAUUAAGUGUCUGACUUCAGCUCAGGUCAUGAUCUCAUGGUUCAUGAGUUUGAGCCCCACAUCAGACUCUGUGCUGACAGCUCAGAGCCUGGAGCCUGCUUCAGAUUCUGUGUCUCCCUCUCUCUUUACCCCUCCCCUGUUCACACUCUGUCUCUGUCUCUCAAAAAUAAAUAAACAUUGAGAAAAAAAAAAAAAAAAGGAAUCUCAAGAUGAAACAACAGGGGAGGGCAAGGGUGAAAGGUUUAUCUUUGGUUAUACCUUGUUUUUUGUUUUGACUUUGGAUCCAUGUAGAUAUUUUACAUAUCAGCUUUUAUUUUAAAAAUUAAGUCAAAAAGGAAAAUAAACCUGUAUCAAAACCAGUGGAUUUGAUUCUACAUCAUGUUCUGGUAUAACAACAUAAAGAAUAAUAAUUUCAAACGGUGUUAAAAUAUUUUGACUUACCAUUAGGAGAAUAUCUCAAAGAUAAUUCUGUAUCUCAAGCACAAAGAGAAAUAUAAAGAAAUCUAAACUGCCUUUAUUAGUCUUUUGUUAGUGGUAAUAUUGGUAUUAUUUUUCUACCUAAGGGGUUUAUUUAUUUUUUUAAGUAGGCUCCAUGCCCUAUGUGGGGCUUGAACUUAUGAUCCUGAGAUUGAGAGUUGCAUGCUCUACCAACUUAGUCAGCCAGGCACCCUUACUAAGGGGUUUAAAAACAUUAGUGACCUAGAAGCUAUGAGUUGCCCAUGUAUCCAGACUGUAGUUUUCAAAUUCCAUUUUCUAUAAAAAGAAAAAGUUCUCCUUAGAGAAAUGGCAUAAGACAGGUCAACAGUAGAAAAUGUAUAUAUAAUUAUCAUAAAAUGUCUUAUUGUACCUAAAAGCAAUAAAGCUAUCAAAGACUACAGGAUCAUUAACCUAAAGGAACUGACCAAAGAUAGGAUCAGUUAAACAUCAGAAACUAUUGCAAUGGGUUGAAACUGUGUAGGUAAAACUGCCUAAAUUCAAAAUGAAAAAAAAAGGGGGGGGGGGGUUUAUGGAGUUUGCCAGAGUACUAGCAUAUUCUGAAAUUUUGGUAAGGAACAGAACAGAAUUUUGGUAAGGAACCAAAUUUCCUUUGGUAAGGAACAGAACCAAGUAUUUAUCAUGAUUUUUCUGUACAAGCUGUAAUCAAAUAGUUGGCAAGAGGAGGUUCAGAAAUGACAGACUUAGAAAGUUACAUUUGGCAUCAUUUAAUAAAAUAAUGGAAUUGGCAACAAUUCAUAAUAAUAAAUGGGUUAUUGGGAAUUUCAGAAGAUAACAAUAAGGUUGACAACACUUCAGUUGGCCAAUCUUAACACUAAAUUGGAACAACAUGGUAUUAAUGUGCCUCGUGUGAUGCCAUAGGAAGUAGGAAGUACUACCUAAGUUAUAUUUCCCAACACUGAAUCUUAAUCUAAUUUAACCUCCAGAUCUAAUUACCAAUUUAUAGGAAAUAAAAUCAAUUUAAAAACUUGUGAGUAGUAUAUGAAGGUCACGAAUUGGCCAAAUCAGAAUGUGGAAAAUUCUAUGGGACAAAUUGCCAAGUUUCUUCAGUAAAUGAGUGGCAUGGUAAGGAGGGAGAAAAAUGAACUGCCUUAGUUCAAAAGAGACUUAAAGGUAACUUAUCAACCAGAUUCAGAGUGUGGAACAUUCUUGAGUCCAGACUUGGAACAAAUAACUGAACAGAUAUUUUGAGGAAAUCAUGAAAAAUUGAACAUGGAUUGGGUAUUAGAUACUAAUUAAUUUUUUUUAAUUUGGUUGGAUGUGGUAAAGAGACUGCAUAUGUCCUGGUGCACAUGCCUGGGGCGGGAGGGGGAGGGGAGCCAACCCCGGGCUUGGUAGCAUUCUCAGGGGUGCACUUUGAGAAAGCCCCCUCCCUUGAGCACUGUGGGAAGGUUUAUUGCCCCCUGCAAAGACAAAAGACCCUGAAGGAGCCCUUUGUCAACUGAGCAGAGUGCUAUUUCAGAACUGGGUGUCCACAUGGAGCAGGAUCCUUUAAGACAUUGGGUUUUGGAUCCCAGUCGAGCACUGGGGAGUCAGGGGAGACUGUAGAGCAGGGCAAAUCGGUCACUGAAGUCUGUGCUGCUCUGUCAGGGCAGCAUAAACAGUGUGGUUUGGGACACCUGGUAGGAGGAGGAGAGGUUGGGGGGGUCGCCAUUUUCCUCCCCAUCACUAACACAGUGGGGCUUCAGGGAGCAGCACAGCCACCUCCAGUGGAGGUGGGACCCACUUACACCAAACGUUGCCCUUCAGAGGCCAGGAACUGCUUAUUUACCAGGGUGAGAUUGACACUCACUGAACUAGUUGGUCCCUCCUCCAGACCAGCACAACCACUGUUUCCAAGGCACCAACAGA